UUCCAUUAAAAAUCGCUGGAAUGGCUUUAUAUCACUUUUCCGCAUUCAAUCAACAAAAAUCACUAAAUUAACAACAUUAACCUGACAAAAUAUUUGCAAAAAAAAAAAACUACAAGAAAUAGAAAACCGUGCAAAAGUUUUUUUUUAUAGAAGGAAAAGCAAAAGAAAAAUAAACAAAUUAAUACGUACUUAUAUAUAGAACUUAUAUAUUUAAAAAAUAUAUAAAACAAUUCAAUUGUAAUCAGUAAAAAACAAUAAAAACUACAAAAAAAUACCUCCUCCAGCAGACAAUAGAUCAGCAAUUGAAACGAAAGAAAACAAUUCAUUGAUUUUUAUAAUUUUACACAGCAGAACAGAAAUAGAAAACGAAAGAAAAAAUAGGAAAAGAGUUGUAAGAAAAACGUUAUGGAUUCUGCUGAGAAUAAACCACCAAUUUUACAUAUUCUGGUAGUGGGUUUUCAUCACAAAUUGGGUUGUCAGGUGGAAUUUUCCUACCCCCCUUUGGUGAAGGGUACAACGGGUAAAAAUGAAUGCCCUUCUGGUUGGAAAUAUCUCUCGACCUUGGCCUUGCCAGAUGGUUCACACAAUUUCACCGAGGACACAGUAUUUUUUAAUCUACCCAGUCUAACAGAUCCUACAGAAAGUGUUUAUGGUGUGUCGUGUUAUCGUCAAAUACCUGUGGAAAGACUGAAGAUACGUACGGCUGAUGUUACGCGCAGUACGGUACAGAAAUCUGUUUGUUGUUUGGCCCGUUUACCCAUAUACGGUUAUAUAGAGGUGAAACUGGCAUUAAUAGCUGAUGCCUUUUUUGAAACAGGCGAUUUUUCCAGCACUGAUCUUUUAGUCAAGGCUUAUCAACAACUGAAUGCUUGUUUACUGAGCGAUGAAUCACGUCGGCCACUGCGUCAUUUCCAUGUGGGUUUAUCUUUACGUGAAAUUGUUUUACAGUGGCGUCACAAAACAUUGCAAUUAUUUAAAUUGUUUCUACUCCAAAGGCGUGUGGUAUGUUUUGGUUCUCCGGUACGCAAUAUGUGUGCUUUGAUUUUGGGUAUUUCAUCUUUGAUACCACGUCUCUUGGAGAAGGGUUUUCAAGAGGUGGCCUGUGUUAGAACUUCACGUCCCUUAUCACCCAUGCCAGAUUAUACAGAAUCUUUAAUUAAGGCCGACGAUUGUAAGGAGGGAGUUGAAACUGCUUUGGAGGAAAAAGAGGAUUUAAAAACAGAAAAAGAGGAGCAUAUUUUGACAUCUGAUAUUGAUAGUUGUGUUACUGCUGCGGUUGGUGGCGGUGGUGGUGGUGAUAGUGUGGACAAUACUUCUUGCAGUAUUAUGUCCGCCACUACAGAAAGUAUUAAAUCGAAUAAUAGCGAUAGCAGUUCCACACCCACGGGUAAGGAUGCUGAGGCAUCAGAUGCCUCUUCAGUGACAAAUGUAUCGGUAGAAGUUGGUGGUAGCAAACGUUUAGAACGUAGUAAUUCAUUUACCCGACAACCCAGUGAGGAUACAUCAUCCAUUGCCACCCUCACCGCUCUAACAAUGGUCAAUCCGGAUGAGUAUCGUGCGCCCAUUUCAAUAUUUGCCAGUGGUAAUCUUUGCUUGCCUUAUCUCUCGUUGCCAUAUAUGGAUCUUCUGACUGAUCCUUCGGUACUUAGUUAUGUUAUUGGUACCUCAAAUGUAUUGUUCCAACAAAAACAUCACUUGUCCGAGGUUUUGGUGGAUAUUGAAAAUGGCAAUCUUGAUAUACGUGAUUCAGAACUUAGAAAACAAUUAGUUUUAACCACAGAAGAUCUUAGAUUUAUGGAUUUUUUGCUAAAACAUGUCCACGCACCCAAAGAAGAUGCCGAGGGCAGUGAACAUUGGAUACGUAAUCAAUUUCAAGGUUAUACUUUAGCUUUAUUGCGUACCACAGUGGCCACAGAUGCCACCUCUAAAGAUGCUGAUCAUUUUAAUAUAAAUUUCAUGAAUGCAUUUCAAAAGACACAAUGUUUUCAAGAAUGGUUUGAUGUUAAGCCCGAUACCGAGUUCUUUGAGCAAUUGCCAGCAGGACAUCCAUUUUCGGGUACUUUAUCGGUGGCAGAUAUGAAAUUGAAACUGGCACAAACCAUGCAAAACAGUGAAAGUGGCCGUAAAAUAAAUCAAGCUGUUAACAACACUAGUCGUGCUGUAGGCGGUGCCAUUUCUCAAGCUAAAGGCGCAUUUUCCUAUUGGUGGUCCUCCAUUACCACUACGCCUAACAACUCGGCAUCACCCUCAUUAGAUUCUGGCAAUGCCACAGAAGCCAUUACAACACGCGGCCAGGAAAUCUCUGUUACAUUCCAAAAUAAUUCUAAUGAAGAUAAAAUUGAAGUAGGUAUUAGUGUACACACCGAAGAGGGUGUAGUUUAUAAGAAAAUCAAUGAGAACGAAUCAAACCAGAGCACACCAAUUAAUAAAGCCACUAACAACAGCCAAGAAGAAAAACUUAUUGAUAGUGCUGAAGAAUUAAUGGAAGAAAAUCAAUUGGAUAAAAUAAAACCUAACCCAAAUACAAAUGAAAAUCAAACUAUUAACCCUGAAACACAACCACGACGUGGCAUUGUAGAAAUAGGUAAAGAAGCUGAAGUACUGGAUAAAGAAGACAAUAAACAAAAUGAUCAUUUAAACAAUUGUGGAGCAAUUGAGGCAAAUGAUACGACAGCUGCUACUAACACAACAACCUGCACAAAUGGGGCUAUUUUUAUAGUAUAAUAAAGAAAUCGUUCAUAUUAAUUAAUGUUAACGUUGACAUUGUGUUUUUAAACAGGACCUAUAACAAUUCCCUUAAAUCCUCAGUGCAACUUUUUUCUCAUUAUAAUAUUUAUAUACGAUAUAUAUGACAUAUAUAAUUUAUAUUUUUGUUACCUUAUUAUUUCUAUAUAAGUACAUUAACUCCUCCCCCAUAUUCCCAU